AGCAGACCCGGAGGCUGCAGAAAGACAUGAAGAAGAGCACCGACGCUGACCUGGAUACUGACUGAGAACCCACCUGUGCCAGGCACUCUCAGUGCUAGAGAGUCAACAGCAAGACAAAAUGAGAGUUUACGUUCUAGGAGGAAGGCCCGCAAGAGAUCCAAGAGGAUAGGUAUAAUGACACGUCAUGGCAAACACUGUCAAGAACAGUCAGGAGGUAGAGAUUGACCGGGUCCUGGGAGGCCUUUCUGGGGAGGUGUCCCUUGGGCAGAGUCCUAAAAGAAUGAGUAACCCACACAAGUAGAGCCAAGGAAAGAGGGCCUGAAACACAGUGGACAGCAAGUGUGGCGGCCCAGAGGCCGUAGACAGCAAGCGUGGAGGCCCAGAGGCCGUGGACCGCAAGCGUGGAGGCCCAGAGGCUGUGCACACUGACCACAGGUGCAGGAGAGCCAGCAGGAUGGGGGAGGAGCCAUCUUCAGUCCCCUCAGCCACUCCAGCUGCUGAAUAAUGCUGUUACAGUUGUGAAGAAAUUUUACCUACAUGAGCUCUUCUACCCUUGAGAUUGACAGGGCACAUGACCUGCCCGUUUUAUGAAAGAGGAAACUGACAUGUCCAUUUGAUGAAGGAGGAAGAGUUCAGCUCCUCUUCUCAAGCCCAGGGCCUUGUCUCCACAGCAAACCCUGACCUGUCCACUCUUGGCUUGGCUGUCUAUGAGCCUAGUGCAAAUGGGGGGCAGUGUCACUGUCUCCUGACACCAUUCAAAGAGCCAUAGGGCAGUGGGCACCUAAGGGUGGAAUUUAAGGACCAGCUGGCUCCUACUUGGUGCUGCAGUUAAGAGGAAAACACUUGAAAUGUCCCUAAUGGAGGCAGUUAUUUGAAUUUGUUCCCAUUUUAUGCCAGCUCCUAAGCCUCAGCCAGUUACUGAUGUGUAAACACACACCUUUCCUACCAAGCACUGAUCACAAAAGGAAAACAUUCCUUCCCUGGGAGCCGCCGCUGGCACCACUAUGCCCUGCCAUGUCAAAAUCUGCUGUGAAGAUAUCCUUGGAUUUACUCUCCAAUCCCCUCUGUGAGCAAGACCAGGACCUUCUGAACAUGGUGACAGCCCUGGACACCGCCAUGAAGCGGAUGGAUGCCUUCAACCAGGAAAAGGUGAACCAAAUUCAGAAGACUGUAAUUGAGCCCUUAAAAAAGUUCGGCAGCGUCUUCCCGAGCCUCAACAUGGCCGUGAAGCGGCGGGAACAGGCCUUGCAGGACUACAGGAGGCUGCAGGCCAAGGUGGAGAAGUACGAGGAAAAGGAGAAGACGGGGCCAGUGCUGGCCAAGCUCCACCAGGCGCGAGAGGAGCUGCGGCCCGUGCGGGAGGACUUUGAAGCCAAGAACAGGCAGCUACUGGAGGAGAUGCCGCGCUUCUAUGGCAGCCGCCUUGACUACUUCCAGCCCAGCUUUGAGUCCCUCAUCCGAGCGCAGGUUGUGUACUACUCAGAAAUGCACAAGAUCUUUGGAGACCUGACCCAGCAGCUUGACCAGCCAGGCCACUCGGACGAGCAGCGGGAACGGGAGAACGAGGCCAAACUCAGUGAGCUCCGGGCCCUCUCCAUUGUGGCUGAUGACUGAAAACCCGUGACUCUUGGAGGACUCCUGUGACACGGUCAGCCUUGCUCGUUCUUGCCCUUCUCAGGGCUAGGGUCCCACUCUUCCCACAGGCUGGGGACAGAGGUGGCCCUUGUUCACUUGCCGGCCCUUUGCAAUGAGUGACUCUUCCUGAGCCCAGCAUCAGAAGCCCUAGGCAGGCCGCCGUCUCCCCACUCACAGCCCCAGCAGGUAAGCAGUGUAGACAAACCCUGGGGGCUUUUUUAUUUGGAGAACCGUCCACCAUGCAUCCUGGCUCAUGGCCUGAGCAAGUGGCAGCCCUUCCAAGGGCAUGGCCUUCAUUGGCUCAGUUGGGGGUCUUAGCCCUGCAUGUGUGGUGGGGAGCAAAUCUACCUCCAAAGGAUUACGUCCUGGGGAGCCUACUGGCCCCUUGUUGCCUUUUCACUUCAAAGCUUCUUUUUUCUGGGAGAGGCCCUGAGCCCUGCCAGGGAGAGCUGGUCCUCCAGCCCUGGCAGGCCCUCAGCCAGCUUCCCAGCAAGACAAAAGCCACCAUCGUGGCUUUGGGACCCAAGUCCCGAAAGUCCCUGGGAUUCCCAAGGUAACAGAACUGUUAGCUCGGGAACUCAAACUGUCAGCGCAACUGUCCCAUGUUAAUUCUUGCGCCUCAAAACAAGAACAGUGGGUUUGUGUCUCACCUGAAUAUUUGGAAUUUUAUUUUUUCAAGUAAAGUUUUCAAUGAAAUGUC